ACAACACUGCUUGUAUGCAGAAAUAUGAACACAUUUAAAAACAUUGCUUUGGCUUUCUUUUCCCUCGUCUGUUGGGUUGACCUGGAGAAAUUUGGAGAGGGCGAGCUAUUUUUCUCUCUUAGAGGACUCAUCCCAUCCGUCAGGCCUGUCUGGUUGCGUCCCCAUUUAAGACAGCCCCUAUCUCAGCCCACAGCUGUGCGCCUCUGUGGUGCAARUUGUGGAUUACUGGAAGGCAGGGGACGAGACUACCACAGAACUUGCCCCCCUCGACUCCUUAUCCUCUGCUGCAGGAGGUUAAAGAGGAAAUGCGCUCCCAGAUCCACAGCAGACCGCAGGAAAUAACAGACGCCAGUUUGUGGGUGAGUUCGGCGAUGGAGAGCUCCAACUUUACGCACGGGUCUGUAUCCACCAAUGAGACGGUUCUUAUGAGCAGAACUCCCCACUCCAACUCGACGGAGAUCGCUUUGCCUGUUUUUAUGUUCGCUGGUGGAGCCAUUGGGAAUCUGAUCGCGAUAAUCGUCCUUUCAGGGUCGCGACAGCAGAGGAAAUCCUCCGCUUUCUACUCGCUGGUGUGCGGUCUGGCGGUGACGGACCUGCUGGGCACCUGCUUGGCCAGCCCYCUCACUAUAGCCGAUUAUUUGGACAAACAUGUGCUGAGGAACCAGCGCGUGUGCGAGUUUCACUCCUUCUUGUUGUUGUUUUUUGGUCUGACCGGUCUGAGCAUCAUCUGCACCAUGGCGGCGGAGCGCUACCUGGCCAUCUGCGGGCCCUACGUGUACCAGCGCUGGGGGGUGGACCGCUGCUUCGCGCGGAAGUUCCUGCUCUUCAUUUACAUCAGCCACAUUUUCUUCUGCUGCCUCCCCAUGAUGACGGGCGUGGCGCGGAGCGAUCUGCAGCCGUCCGGGACCUGGUGCUUCAUCGACUGGAGGACCGCCUACACACGGCUGUACGGGGCCGUGAGCCUGCUGCUGAUCCUGGGCACCAUCGUGCUGAACCUGGCGGUGUGCGGCGCGCUGCUGCUCAUGCGCCGCAGGAGCGCGCGGAGGAGCGUGACCACGGCCAGCGUCASGGGGAGGUGGAGGGCCCUGUCAUCCGCAGCAGAGACGCAGAUGAUCGCGGUGCUGGUGAUGACCUCCGUGCUGGUUCUGACCUGUUCCGCCCCUUUAGUGGUGCGAAUUUUUGCCAAUCACUUCCAGGAUGACCCCAAAGCAGACCUGACCGCCAUCCGGAUCGCUUCCUUGAACCCCAUCCUGGACCCGUGGAUCUACAUCCUCCUCAGGAGGUCCCUGUUCAAACGCUUACUCAGCUUGUCCAGGAAGCGCAGCAGCAGACGCAGCAUCUCCCCGCCUUCGCCGCACAGCGAGCUGUUGUUCACCGACGUGAUGAGGGACCGCCACGUCUUCGCCCAGCUGAUGUGCAACACGAGCAUCAUCGCUCAGCUGCCCGCUUCUGUCAAGUUCACUCCGUACGACACGGAGAACUGCUGUCAGCCUUGAAGCUCUGCAGACUCAGCAACAUGCUGCUGCAAACAGACUCAAAGGCUGGAGACCCACAGUGCAACAAACCCCUGAGGGGUCCCAGGAUUAUUUAUUGACUGUCGGCUGAGCAGAGGUCUGACUGAUGCACAUGUGGCAAUGAGAAUAUUUGACUCUGAUGCUGCUGGAAUGUAACAAUAACCGAYAGUUGUUUAGGCAUUUGUGCCUCUGGUUUUUGUAAAAUUCUGUAAUUGCCUCRGGCUCUGCUGCACGUAGACGUUUUCCUAAAGAAUUUAUAAUUAAUAAUUAUUAUCUUAUUUAUUAUUUAUUUUUUAUCUGAAAAAAACAAUGCUUGUCUACAUGUACUAAAUAUUAAUAUGUUGCAUUAUGCUUGUAAUGUAAGACAAGAGCAUUUUACUAUUUUUUUCCACAAAAAACAAUAUACAAAGAACUUUACGAUGCACUGACAAAAACAUGCUGCAUGUUUGUUUUAAAUAUUCAAGUGUAAAMUAUCUGAAAGUGCUGGCUUUUUGAGUCCCAGUUCUUUGAAGCWUUACAGUGAAUUAAGCUCAAUAAUUCCAGUGUUUUGUUUUCAGGAACAACUUUGUUUUGUUGCUUUUGUUCUGAAAAAUCAACUGAGUUAUAAACCAGUUUAAAUGUUUAAGAAAGUAUUUGUGUGGAAAUUUAUCCAGCAAGCUUUCCUUUCUCAGCAUGGUCGAGUUUUAAAGCUUCAACACAAGUUGGAGGGAAUAGGUUUUCUUGAAAGCCUUACAUAUGCAGGUUAUGUGUAAGGCUCAAAGAAAUGUGUUGCCAUCAAACAUCCAAUCACAUUUUGUGAAGAGGGAAAGCUGCUAUAAU